AUGGGGUCGAUCAUUUCGGAUAAUCAAAGCGCUUUUGUCAAAGGUCGGUUCAUUCUCGAUGGGGCGGUCAUUUUGAAUGAGGCUGUUGUUGAGGCAAAAAAGAAGCGACGGAGCUGGAUCUUCUUUAAGAUCGACUUUGUCAAAGCUUUCGAUUCAGUGCAAUGGGACUUCUUGGAUACCUUACUCGACAGAAUGAACUUCGAUGGAAUUUGGAGGAAAUGGAUUCAAGGGUGUCUACAGUCAGUCACGGCAAGUGUCCUUGUUAACGGGUCAUCAACGGGAGAUUUCAAAAUGGAGAGAGGUUUGAGAUAG